AUGUCACGCAUUCGCUUUAUUUUGACUUUGGUGAAAGUUUUCCAUUUUCCGCUAUUUAUUCUAGGGUUUCUGCAGCUUGGGAAAUCCAGGAAAGAAAAUUGCAACUGCUGUAGAUAUGCCGCGACCAUAUUUAUCACAUUAAUCCUGUGUUAUCAUAAACUUUUAAGUGUGAAGGUGGAAAAAGAGAACUUACUGGUUAAUACGCUGAAUAUUGAGUACAGGCCCCUCAGAAAUAGACUGGAUUUGGUGAGCGAAAGCACUCACAGUAUAUAUUUUUUUAUGACCAUGAUCUGGUCUGUGAUGUACAGAGGGCAAUUGCGAAAACUGAUAGACGAGGCCAAGUCGGCCUACAAAAGGUUAAGAUCUCUAGUUGGAAAACAUCUGGAAAUUGAAUGCUCUUGGCUCGUGUUUAUCUAUGGAAUAGUUUUGGUCAUGCUGCUAGCCACCUUUCUGAUAAAAACUCUUUGUUUGGACUUUCCGCAACAUAAAGGUGAAGCCAAAAUACUUACUAUGAAAGAGCUGUUCGACGUCAUAAACUUUCUGGUUGGCCUGGCACGUCUGCUGUUCGUCUUGAUUAUGGCCCUUCAUGUUUUGUACCACCUGAUAUGUGCAGGGUGGCUGCGAUCCCUGAAAGAACUGAGACUUCAAAGGAAUCUGAAACUAUUUCAGUUUCAGCUACACAGUCUUCUACCCUUUCAGAAGUCGGUUAAUGUCUUGGCUGGCUCCUAUUUUAAAAUGACAUACAUCCUCUUCAUGUUCAUUGUGGGACUUCGGCUUGCGGACUUUCUGCAGUUUUGUAGCUUUGAAUCCCGUGAAGUCGUACAGCAACUGAAGACCCAAGACGAUCUGGAAGAUGAAGCUGUUUGGGAUGGCCAGGAUAUUCAAAAAAUACAGGGUACCAAAGCCCGCGUCAUAACAUCCUUUAUUUUACUGUCCUGGCACUUGGCCAUGUGGAUGCUUUUAAUUGCCGCAGCCUACUGCCAGCAGGGAGAAUACUUUUCCUUGAUGCAGGAGACCUGGAAAGCCGAAUUCGACGGUAAAGACUCUGAGGCAAAGAAGCUUGUAGCUUCAAAUUCCAGUAAUGGCCUAACCUUUAAAAAACUGGAUAUUAUUGAUUUGAUGUUUCUUUCGGGAAUCUCCAUUUCGGAAAGACAGCCGUUUUCCGUUUGCUUUUUGACCGACAAGCUGAAGAAACGGAAGCCAUCCUAUCUUGAUUUCAAAACAGUAGCCAGACAGUUUAGACAUCUCUUGAAUCUGGCACUUUCGGCCGGCAUUGUUUACUUGGCUCAGCAAAUGGAAAUCAGGCAUUUGCAGACACACUUCAAACAGGAAGCCUAA